AUGGGAGCUGAUGGAGGCACGAUUCCAAAGAGAUGUGAACUUGUGAAGAAAAAGAAGAAAGCUGAAAAAUUGGAAAGGAACGUAAAAAAUGCUUCGAAAUGGCGAAACUGCCAAUUGUCGCAGCAGCCACUCAAGAAACCGAUUAUUGCAUGCCGUUAUGGGCGUCUUUAUAACAAAGAAACUGUUAUUGAAGCUAUACUAACAAAAACUAUUGGUAACUUCGCUGUUGCAUCACACAUCAAAGGAAUCAAGGACUUCAAAGAAUUGAAGUUAAAGAAGAACAAGGACUACAACGGCGGCGAAGUUAAGGGAGAUGAAUAUCUCGAUUACAAUCAGUCGGAGUUCCUCUGCCCUGUCACUGCUCUUCCUAUGAAUGGGAUCAAUAGUUUCGUCGUGAACUGGAAAUGUGGUUGUGUCUUUUCAGAAAAAGCCAUACAAGAGGUCAAAUCCGACGUGUGCCAUGGAUGCGGCGGGCCAUGGGAUCCAAAUGAAUCGGUCGUCUUGAAUCCCGAUGACGAAUUGCUCGAGGUCUACAAGCAGAAGUUGGCUGCUGAACGUGCUGAGAAGAAACAAAAGAAGAAGAAUGGUGAAACCGAGAAGGCAACAGAUGAAGAGAAGGAGAAGAAAGUUCUCGACGAUGGUGCCCCGAAGAAAGUCGACAACGGACAUAAGAAGAAGGAAGGUGUCUCCUCAGAUCCCCUCAAAUGCAAAUUGAAGAAAGCCGAGAAAAGAAAAGUCGAAAGCGAUAUUCAGUCAGAUCCAACAAAAUCGGACGCUUAUAAGAAGCUGUUCACUACAUGUGAGGAAGCAAAGAGGAAGCCUGAACAGCAUUGGAUUACCUACAAUCCCUUAUAUUAUUGA